CUCGUGCUACUGUUACUGUGGACAGUGAACAUGCUAUGUCCAUGCUUUUGCCGAUUCCCUCUCUCGCCCCACCAUUAUCACUCACAUUUAUUUAUUUCACUUUAAACCCUCAGAAUCUCAUUCAUUCAAAAAUUAAAUCCCAUUAAAUCCUAAUCCCUCCCUCUAUUAUCUGUCAUCAUCUCUCUCUCUCUCUCUCUCUCUACAUAUUCAUACAUUUAUAAUACAAUUAUUCCUCCUCUCUUUCUUUCGUCUCUCUGGUCUACAAUCAACGUCUCUCUCUCUCUUCGGGCUACAUUCCUGGGAUCUGCUGGCUUUGCUUUUCAAGGGCAAAAAAUGACAGAUGCAAAGCCAGAUAAACCCUUGAUGGCAUCUUCAUCGCGAAACCUUCCUGAUUUCAAGAAGUCUGUUAAGUUGAAGUAUGUCAAGCUUGGUUAUCAUUACCUCAUCACCCAUGGAAUGUACCUCUGCCUUUCCCCCCUUGUGGUGCUGAUUGCAGCCCAGCUUUCUACCUUCUCCCUCCGAGACUUGUAUGAUCUUUGGGAGCAUCUACAAUACAACUUGAUAUCUGUUAUUCUUUGCUUAACUCUCCUUGUUUUCCUGUCCACCCUCUACUUUCUAACUCGUCCUCGACCUGUGUACCUUGUCAAUUUCUCCUGUUACAAGCCUGAAGAAUCUCGGAAGUGCACGAAAAAAAUAUUUAUAGAGCAGUCCCGGUUGACCAGUUCUUUCACGGAGGAAAAUCUUGAAUUCCAGCGGAAGAUUCUUGAGAGAUCUGGCCUUGGGGAGAACACUUACCUUCCUGAGGCCGUCCUCAACAUUCCUCCCAACCCUUCAAUGAAAGAAGCUAGAAAAGAAGCCGAGACCGUGAUGUUUGGUGCCAUUGAUGAGCUUUUAGCUAAAACCGCUGUAAAGCCUAAAUACAUUGGAAUUCUGAUUGUAAAUUGUAGUCUGUUCAACCCUACUCCAUCACUUUCGGCAAUGAUUGUCAAUCAUUACAAGCUUCGGGGAAAUAUAAAGAGCUACAAUCUUGGUGGGAUGGGUUGCAGUGCCGGGCUUAUCUCAAUUGAUCUUGCUAAAGAUCUUCUCCAAGCCAAUCCCAACUCCUAUGCAUUGGUCAUUAGCAUGGAGAAUAUCACGUUGAAUUGGUAUUUUGGAAACGAUCGGUCAAAGCUUGUCUCUAAUUGUUUAUUUCGUAUGGGAGGAGCUGCAGUUCUGCUCUCCAAUAAAAGCUCGGAUAGAAGAAGAUCCAAAUACCGAUUGGUCACCACGGUUCGCACUCAUAAGGGUGCUGAUGAAAAGUGCUUUAGCUGUGUAACCCAAGAAGAAGAUGCUAAUGGCAAGGUUGGUGUUACUUUGUCAAAAGAUUUGAUGGCGGUUGCUGGUGAUGCUUUAAAAACCAAUAUCACUACACUGGGGCCUCUUGUACUUCCAACAUCUGAACAGCUGCUAUUCUUUGCCACAUUAGUAGGGAAGAAAAUUUUCAAGAUGAAGAUCAAACCUUAUAUUCCAGAUUUCAAACUAGCUUUUGAACACUUUUGCAUCCAUGCUGGUGGUAGAGCUGUUUUGGAUGAACUGGAGAAAAACUUGCAGCUAUCUCCUUGGCAUAUGGAGCCUUCAAGAAUGACACUCUAUCGAUUCGGAAACACCUCCAGCAGUUCACUUUGGUAUGAGCUGGCUUACACUGAGGCCAAAGGGAGGAUCAAAAAGGGAGACAGAACAUGGCAAAUUGCAUUCGGUUCUGGAUUCAAGUGUAACAGUGCAGUGUGGAAGGCUCUCAGGACCAUCAACCCUGCUAAAGAGAAAAGUCCUUGGAUUGAUGAGAUCGACCAGUUUCCAGUCGAUGUUCCUAGGGUAUCUACCAUUUAAACAAUUAUUUUUUAAAAAUAUUUGUGUAUCACUAUCAGCAUUAGGUGGUAGCUGUUGGACUGGUGAAAUUCUCCUGCAAAGUUGUUGUAAUACAUUGCUAAUUUCGGAUUACUCUAGGAUUUUAUUUUAGGACAAAACUUAGAUGUGAUGCAAUUCUUUAGAUGUUUUUGAUAUAUUCUAAUAAGAAUUGAAAGUUUUACCUCGGUAACUUGUGUUGAUAUUUAAUGCAAAUCUUUAUUAUGCAGAUUACCGAGAUUAAACUUCAAUUUUAAUUAGAAAGCAAUACCAAAAACACUUCAGAAAGUGCAUCUCUAAGUUUUAUCCUUUUUAUUAUGGUAUCCCGUGUAUUAGUGUGUUUAGUUUGUUGGCAGCACGUACUCUGAGACCAUUGAACAGAGAAGUAUGUGAGAGGCAGCUUUGAAAUGAACAGAUGUUUGGGGUGGUUGGACGGAGAACCAAACACACACUUAGCAGGUCUAACUUGUGGGUAGUUUUUGUUAAAUCCAAUCUAGUCAAUGGCGGCUGCUUGAUCUUUGGUUGCCGUGAGGUGUGUUUCUCAUUGGUCUGUGGACUGUGGUAGUAAAAUGUGUAGGGCAUCUGAAAUGAAUUUCCAAAUUUCUCUAAUGAAAUUGGAAUUGAACAAUUCCAUUUCAAUUCUUUAGUGUGUUGAUGCUGAAAAUUAAAUUCCAAGGUAUAUUAUUGCAUUGUAAUUUGUAUCAGCAUCUGUAACAAUUCAUGAUCUAUAUGAGGUAAUUUUUAGCUUCAUGGCUA